AUGAUGCAAUCCAUUGAUGCUGCCACAACACCCAUCCAUUACAAACUAGUCAAACAGGGUGAAGUAAAGAAGAGUGGCAUGUUAUCAUGGAAGAAAACACUCAUUUCACUCAACUCACAUCCAAAUUCACUUUCCAUUCUUUCGUCCGAUGGAAAGGAAAGAAAAUCAACUUUAAUUCUUGACUCUGCUCAUACUAUCACUAAUUUGGAAUUUACAAAGAAACAUCCAUUCUGUUUCUAUGUUAAAUCACACAUUGAAGGAAAGAAAAAAGAAGAAGAAUGGACAUUUGAAUGCUCAUCAAAGGAGGAAGCAGAGGAAUGGAUUGAAAGUAUUAAAAAGUUAAUUGGCAAGGGAAGUGCCAAUACUAGCAAUUCAAAUAUGGUUAUUACUGUUAAACAACCAAAUGAUAAUGUUGUUGAAACUGUUAAACCACAAACAAGUGCAACAAUACAAUCAUCUUCAUCAACAAUAUCAGCAGUGGCUUCAUCUUCAGUUGUGAGUGAAGAAAAAUCAUCUCCAAAGAAGGAAGAAAAAAUUGAGGAUGUUAAAAAGGUCAAGAAUGAAGAAUUGGAAGAAAUUCAACCUGCUGAAAUUGAACCAUUGGAAGCAGAAAUGGAACCUGAAGAAUUGGAGGAAGAAGAGCCAAUCAAGUUAGAAAGUGCAGUUGUUAGAAAUGUCAAGGAUGAACAAGUUAGUAAGGUUACACCACUUUUGACAUCAACAGCACGUUUGGAAAGUGAUAGUGAUGAAGAGGAAGAUAUUAUUGUCACUAAAAAGGCAUCAAAUAAGAAUGUUAAACAAGCAUCUCCUGUUAAAACCAGCAAGCCAACUUCUACUGCUCCAGUUAAAUCUAAAACUAGUGUAUUGAAGGAUGAUUCUGAUUCAGAUGAUGAUGGAAAGAUUGUAUCAAAGAAAGUUACAUCAAACCCUAGACCAACUGCUACAGCAAGUGGGGGUCCUCCAAAUAAGAAAAAGACAACAGUUCUCAAAGAUGACGAUUCAGAUGAAGAAGAGGAAAUUAAGAGUGACAAGAAGGCCCCAACUAAAACUCUCAAACUUGAUGAGGAUGAAGAUGAGCCAGUAAUUUCAUCUGCUACCAAUAAGAAACCGUCAACAAGUGGUCCAAGAAGUAAAAAGACAGUUCUGAAAGACGAAUCAGAUGAAGAAGAAGAGGAAGAAAUUCAAACAAAGAAACCAUCAUUUACCAAGUCAGACUCUAAACCAAACUUGAAAACGAAAGUAGAAUACUCAUUGGUCGAUCCUUCAUUUGAUUAUUCUCCUCUUCCACCAUCUGGAGGAGAAGAAGAUGAACCAAUAGAAGAUGAAGAUGACGAAAUUCCAAAAAUUGACGAUAUUUCACAACUCAUUGAAGAAUUGGAAUAUAAUUCACAAAGUCACAAACGUGCAUUGAAUGCUGCCAAAUAUCUCUAUGAACGUUACAAGAAGGAUGCUGCUUCACUUGUUGAGGAUAUUGUUUCAAAUGAAGGUUUGCAAGCAUGUGUUUGCAUGUUGAAUGAUAACACCAGAUCCUACUCUAUUUGCCUGAUUGGCUUGUUAAUUUGUAACAAUAUUUUGGUAACUAAGUCUGGUAACAAUGAACCAGCCAAGGCAAUGAUGAGAUUAACUGGUUUGGUUAAUUCAUUGCACAAGAUUAUCAAUGAACAUUACCUGAAAUUCAAAUUGUUCAAUGCAAACAACCUUCCAAAUAACUCAAAUGCUCCAAUUAAUAACUUUGAAAAUGUAACAGUUAUUUCACUUUCUUUGCAAUUAUUGGGAUUAUUGUGUGAGAGACCAAAUGAACAAUUGAAUGAAUUAAUCUCUCAAAAACAACUCGAUUUCAUCAUCAAGUAUUGUGAAGAAGUAAUGACUACACUUUACACACAAAAGGAAUACUUGUACUUGUUCGACUUGUCCAGAAGUUUAUUUAAUUUAUUGAAUAACAUUUGCUUGCAUAAUUUGGAAUCUUUAAAGAAUAUGAGUAAGAGAUUGUUGGCAUUUGAUGUGAUUGUCAAGUAUUUGGUAUAUUUCUAUGGAAAUGGACAUUUAUCAUUCACUUCUAUUGCUCCAUCUCAAGCUUUCUUAUUACUUGGAAACAACUUUGAUGAUUUCAAAUUGAAUAUGAUGAAUUGCGAAUUGAAUGUAAUUUUAAUUCCAUUCACUAAAUUUGUUGCUCUGACAGCCAAGGAGAGCACAGCCAAAGCAGAAAUGACAAAGAUUAUGGUAACUCAAGGAGGUGUUACAAGUUUACUAACAAACAGUAGUGGAAAUAACCAAUACGUUACAAAAAUCUUUUCAGAAUUAUCUGAUUCUCCUCUCGUAUUGAAAUCAUUCAAGAACUUACUCCAAUUGAAUUUGAAGAAUAAGGAAACAGUUACCAACAUUUUAACUAUUUUGAAUGUAAUUUACAGAAAUAGAAAUGAUAAGGAUAAGCUGAUUGAAAUUCUGGCCUCUGAUUUCAAUUCAAUCUUCUUUAGCAUUUUGUCUAAAUAUCCUGAAGAAGGUUGGAUCUUGUCAUAUUGUGUUGAAUUCUUGAACGAUAUUGAGAAGAAUUACCCAGACAGUUUAAACAAGGGAUGGAACGAUAUUUCAAUGGACGAACAAGCUGAUAGAAAUGUUUAUACCAAUGUUAGAGUUUUGAUUCUUUCAUUUGGUUUUGGAGAUCCUGAAUUACAAGAAAUGGUAUUGAGCUUGUUCACGAAACAUUUGAAUCAUAAUAAGGAAACAGCUGGUACCCAAUUUGCUAGUACAUUUGGUUUCCAUGUUGCUCUCUUGGAUAUCGUUACAAAAAAUUCAUCCAAGAAUACUACUCUUACAAUGGCUUUGAAUCUCUUGUUAGAAAUUAUGCCAUUCACUCAAUUCAAGGAAACUGAGGAGCAAGCUCUUGUUCAAAAUUUGAUUACCUAUGAUUUGAGAGAAAAGAUUAUCUCAACCCUCGUGCAGAAACUCAAAGACACUUCAAUCGAUAAGAGUGUUUGCACUAUCAUUUCAAACAUUUUACAUUCGAUUUGUGUACAUUACGAUGUUAUCAAACUUUCUAUUGAUGAUAUGAAGAUUAUUGUCAAGGCAGUUCAAUCAUACAUUCUCACUGAUAACGAAUUGGCUGUCAGUAUUUUACUUCUCUUCUCAAAGAUUGCUCAGAAUUACAUGUCACAAGUUGACAAGUCAGGAGCUCUCGAAUUAUGUAGAAAGAUUCUUCAAACAGAUAGCAAACAAGUUAAAGAAAUUAAGGACCAAGUUAAGAAUUUAAGUAAAUAAAUAUUAAUAAUUGUAUU